CCAUAUCUUUAUAUAAUCUCUCCGCCUCCACUACUUCAUUACUUCACUCUAAACAAAAAAUAUGAUCCAUAUGCACUCCGACAACCCCAUACUCAUCCGUGAUGUUUGGUCUCAUAAUUUAGAAUCAGAAUUCCGACUCAUCCGAUCCCUCGUCCAACACUUUCCUUAUAUUUCCAUGGACACCGAGUUCCCUGGCAUUGUUUUUCGUCCCGUCAAAUACUUCCGCCACUGCCUCCCUUCCGAUCACUACUCCCUCCUCAAGUCCAACGUCGACGCUCUAAAUCUCAUCCAGCUUGGUCUCACUCUCUCAGACUCCCACGGCAAUCUCCCCGAUCUCGGCUCCGCCAACCGCUUCAUCUGGGAGUUCAAUUUUCGUGACUUCGACGUCUCACGCGACGCUCACGCCCCUGACUCUAUCGAGUUGCUCAGGCGCCAGGGUAUUGACUUCCAAAGAAACGUCGACCAAGGCGUUGACUCCGCUAGAUUCGCCGAGCUCAUGAUGUCCUCGGGGCUCGUGUGCAGCGACUCUGUGAGUUGGGUGACGUUCCACAGCGCCUACGAUUUCGGAUACCUGGUCAAGAUUCUGACGCGGCGGUCGCUGCCGAGCGGGGUAGAGGAGUUUCUGGGGCUGUUGAGGGUGUUGUUCGGAGACAGAGUAUACGACGUGAAGCACAUGAUGCGCUUCUGUAAUAGCUUGUACGGUGGUUUGGAGCGGGUGGCCCGGACUCUGGAGGUGGAGCGGGCGGUGGGGAAAUGCCACCAGGCGGGAUCAGAUAGCUUGCUGACGUGGCAUGCGUUCCAAAAGAUGAGGGAUGUUUAUUUCGUGGAAGAUGGGCCCGAGAAACACGCCGGAGUGUUGUUUGGUUUAGAAUUAGUGGGGCAGUCAUAGUGUAUAGUAUUAUUCUUUUGUUCAAUUAAAUUCACAAUUUUUUAA